UCAUUUGCAUCCUAAGAGUAAAUAUAUGCACAAAGAAAUUUUAUUGUUAGAGGACUAAGUAUCUGAAACACCAAUUUUCUUUUGACUACAUCUUGGCAAGGUGACUAAAUAGGAAGAUGAAGACAAAGAGACAUAGUAAAUCACACUUCGCCUUCCCUGUCGUGAUAAUCUUUUCUUCAUGUUUGCAAACAAGUGCAAACCAUACCGAUUAUCCUAGGGUUAUAAAUGAAACCUGGAAUCCUAUCAGCCAAAACCUAAGUGGAAGCCAGAACAUAACAGAAGCCAAUACAAAUUCUCCUCUAAGCAUCAAUUUCAACAGCAAAACGACUACUUUUGGAAUGCAGACAAGUACCCUGCAAUCCUCAUCUUCAACAAUGGCCCAAAAUUCAACAUCUUCCCCUGCCAGAAGUGCUGUUUCUGCCACUGGAGGACCUAGGAAUACCAGCAAACCCAAGAGCACAAUGACAAAAGAAACAUGUGAAGACAAUAAGUCUCUUAUACUGAUUUGCUUCAUUAUAAUAGCAGUACUUGUGCUUAUCUGCACCUUCUUAUUUCUGUCGACAGUUGUAAUAGCAAACAAAAUGUCGUAUCUCAAAAAAACUAGGCAAGGAAAACGCAGGCCCAGGAGCAAUGGUGAUAUUCUGGCGACUAACAGUUUAUGGCCAACUGCAGCAGGAACAUGGCAGAGGAUGCCUAAGGAGACAACUGGAACUGACUUGAUAAUGCAAGACUUAAUAUCGGGGAGAGAUGCUGUGAUCCAAAGGAAAAUCGAAGAUGAAACUACUGAGAAACUCACUAAGGAAAUAGAUAACGAACAGGAAAACAAAGAUCCAUCAAAGUCACACAAACCCAUUUUAACGAAUUUUGUAGUUGAGAUUUAAUUCAUACUCAGGUAAAAACUAAUCUUUUGCCUUUUUUACAUCAUUGAUAUAAGGCAGAAACUUAGCUUUCAAGUAGCAACAUGAA